AUGGACCUCUCGGCCAUCCGAAGCCUCCGCGGCGCCGUGCGCUGUGGCCCUGGGGUGCGCUGGGACUUCGCCACGCGGCAGGCGCUGCCAGGCCGCGUGUGGCAUCCCGAGUUCCCGGAUGCGGCCGCUCUAAGCCGAGACAUGAGCGAAGACGAGCUCCGGGCAGUGCGGCAGGCGGCGCGCCUGGACGCGGUGCCGGCGGUGGAGGCUCCUGAGCGCCCGGCCGUGCUGGUGAUUAUCGGCCCCAGCGGUGCAGGCAAAACCAUGAUUGCGCCCUUGGCCGCCGAGAAGUUCGGCCUCGACUUCGACUGCUUUGCGGAGGUGGACGGGGACCAGAUGCGAGGCUGCCACAAUGUUUGGCGCCAGCAUGUGGUAGAGGAUCACGAGAACGGGUACUUCGAUGCCUAUGAGGUCUACACUUCCAACAAGAAGAACAAGGGCCUCAAGGUUCAAUACCUCACGGAGCUUCUGAAGGCUCGCAAGAAUGUCAUCUACCCAGACACCCAUGUCAAAGACGAGGAUCUCGCGUUGAUGAAGGAGCAAGGCUAUCAGAUCUAUACUUUGGCCCUCCUUAUCUCCCGUGCGGAGUCCGACUGCCGCCAGCGGAACCGCGCAGAGGAGACUGGGCGCUGGUCCGGCACUCCCAUGAAGAAGUGGCUGGCCACCAUGGCAGAUGUCCUGAAGAUGUGCGAUGUCGCGGACCAGGUCCUGGCCUACGACAGCACUGAUGUCUUGUCUCCGCGCUUGGUCUUGGCGCGGGGGCUGCCUGGUGUGGUGAGCCUGGAUGAGCUUAGGCCCAGCGUGGAGGCGCUGAAAGCUGAUGCCAGCUGGAAGCCGCUGCAACGAGAGGGCCACGCCUGGUGCGAGACCUUGAGCCUCGUGGGGCGCUACCGGAGGGAAGACGGAGGCGUGGUGGAGGUCACUGUGCUUGACCCCUGCCAGGAGGUCACAGAGGUGCAGCUGAACCCGCCGCCCGCCGAGACCUUUCGCUGCGUCUUCUCGGCAAAGACGUGCUGCCUGCACCUGCCAGGAGCACCAGUGGGCGAGAAGCUGGCGAGGCUGGAGGUGACGACCCAGCGCUUGCUGUGGGAUUCAGGGCCCUGGCGCCUCGAGGAGAAGCUUCCAGGCUCCAUCUGCCGCGGGGUGCGCGAGGAUGCGCGGCUUCUGUCGGCGCUGGAUCUGGGAGGUGGGCAGAUCUUGGACUUCUGCGCGGGCCCCUUCCGCGCCCUGCUGGAGACAGAUUGGAGCGCAGCCAAGGAGGCCUGCCUCACGGGGUCCUGGGGCCCCAAGGCGCUCCUGGUGAUGUCGCCCUCCGCGGGUGGCAAGACCACGGUGGUGUCGCGGCUGCUGGGCAGCUUCGGCAUCAGCUCCUCGGCCGCCAAGGAAGGAGAUGAUGUCCUUGGCCAUGGCACAAAAGCAGGAGCUGGUGGUUUCCGACACCGGCGCGGAGCUGCAGAGUUUGGAGCGACUGAUCGCGGAGCUGACGGGCUACGAGGUGUGCUUGUUGGGGAUCUACGCCGACCCCCAGGAGAUCCUGGCGCGCGGCGUGGCGCGGGAGAUCAGCGAUGGCAAGCGCUACAACAGGGACCUUGA